AUGUCUGACACCAGUGUAAGACCAAGGUUGUCUGAAUAUAACUUCAACAUUCUCUCGGCAGCCAGUGUAGCUGCUAUCGAUCACAUCAAAGAUACAAGAUGGCCAAGGCCUCUGCGAACUGCCCAUUCACAACAGGAUCCAAAUCUAAUAUGCGACUACCAUGGUACUCAUGGACACCGGAACGACGACUAUAAAGGGUUAAGGGAUGAAGUGGCACGGUUGUUAAAAAAGGGUCAUCUCUUGGAGUUUCUUAGUAAACGAGCAAAGAAUCAUUUCAAGAACAGAGAAACCAAUAAGAAGACCAAACCAGAGAAAACCAAAUAUUUGAUCAACAUGAUCGUUGGUGGGGUAGAAAUACCCCGAGGUCCGAUGACGAAGAAGACAAAAUUCUCAAUCACUCGAGAGAAGAGGUCCAGGGACUAUGUACCGGAUGAAUUUAUCUCCUUCAGCGACGAAGACGCGGAGGGUAGCUCGACCAACAUUAUCCAAUGGAAAGUAGUGGAGCAGCUGGAACUGUUGGAUCAGAUUGUGCCAGCAUCUCAGGUCCUCAAUGGGUUUAAUAUGGCUUAUGAAACUACCAAGGGCAAGAUCACUCUACCAGUAAAUGCGGCCACCGUCGUCCAGCACACAAAGUUCUACCUCAUUGAUGGAGAGAUGAGGUACAAUGCCUUCCUUAGAAGACCAUGGUUACAUAUCAUGAGGGUAGUACCUUCAACCUUACACCAGAUGUUGAAAUUCCCAACCCCGAAGGGAGUAAAAAUCAUUCAUGGAGAGCAACCAGCAGCAAAAGAAAUGUUCGCGGUUGAAGAAGCUGUUCAAACGCCAAUGACAAACGUACAUGAGGAUGUGAACGAAAGUAAAAACACCAAAUAG